CAAUCAUGACUCUUGACAGCUGUUGGCUUCCAGGUUUGGCCAAGCUUUAUCUUACCACUGACAGGACUCCAAAAGUAUGAAAAUAUCCCACUUCAUGCAUUAUUCACUUAAAACUCUAAACACUAUUAUAAUAGACGUGGGUGUACAUAAAAGAGUGUGCUUGCUGUCGGCGGGAUGGAGUUUACACUGGAGUUUAUGUUUCAUGAUUAAAUGCGUCGGCUUCGCUCUGAUCGGUUGAUAUGGAACCGCCUCCCAGCAGCUCAGAUGGUUUACAGCCUCAGGAUCUUUCCUCCACGUGCACCCUUCCAAAUAUCUUUGAUCUGUCAAGGAACGGUGAAGAAUGUCUGCUGAAAGCAAAUCCUAUAGAUGCCUUGCAUGUUGUCCAGGCACCAGGCUGGUUUGUUAACCCCGGGACCAGUAAUGGGUUGUUACUUCCAGAGAACGACUCCGAUCCGUUGCCGCUUCCCACAGACCAGAUCCAACCCGACAAUGCGUUUUCCAACACCACUGUAACGCUGUCGUAUGUUAGCAGGUCACAUGUCUUCUCAAAUCAUGACACCCUUUCAGAGCAUUCCCCAAUUUAUGGUGUUCCACCUUUAAGCAAGGCUUUUGUCCUACACCCAUCUACCUACGAUGCUAGCAAGCUGGCAACAGAAACGGGAGACUCCGCUUUGGAAAUGGACCAACACUGCCUCCAACAGGUAUCCGUACCUGUAGGACUAACAGCCUGUGACCAAUUUGAGUUUAUGUCCCCGGCUCAGGUUGUUGAAAAUGUAGCGGCUUUGUGCUACCUUCAACAGCCUCCCGAUUUAAGUGGCUUGCCAGAUGUUGAAAAUAUUUCUUUGGAAGCACUCAAAUCCUUACAACAGACCAAUCCCACCGAAUGUAGGCUUCCUAUAAACGUGGAUGAACUUCAGAACGGAGCUGCUAAUGGUUUAUGGAACGUUGCACCUUUCGAGGAAGGCUUUUCAGAAACUAAUGCUACAAACAUGGAGGGAUUACACAGAAAUGGCAACCCUGAAGUAGUCUUUCUGAUCUCUAGAUCUGAAGAGCCGAUCAUACUACAGAACAACCAAGGGCCGUCGAGUUUUGCGAUAUCAUUAAACCAAGACUUCAUUAGUCCGUUAGAUCCUGCUGCCUCAGCGGACGAGAUCGACAAUGUUUUCUCUUUGCCGCGGGCUGCAAGUUCACCAAGUGGAGAAAGUUCGUUUGGUGGAGAAACUGUUGAAGCUAAGUUUAAUCAUGUAGAAGAGACGGAAACGCCCCCUAACGCUGAUUCUGGAUCAGAAAUUAUCACCAGCAUUAAUCAGAAACCAUCAGGGAAUACCGACAAAGCAUGCAACACAGAAUCAGUACAGGUCAACGGCAUAUCUGCAGAAAAUAAAGAAAUUGAUACAUCCGAAACAACUGACAGUUUGUGUACCACAAAGACAAAGACUUUUGAGAGAAAAAAACUGCCCCCAAGAAUAAGUAGAGGGUUGCGGUUAGAAGCCAUUGUUCAAAACAUUUACCCCACAAGAUACAAAUCAAAUCGCGUCACAAAUAUAAAAAAAGCUCAGGCAAGCAAGAUUUCCCAUCAGGGCUCCAACCAACAUGUGUCAUCCAAUAAGAAUAACCAUCACUUGCUGGGAAGAGUAUGCACUGCAAAGGAAUCCGAUGGGAUGACAGGGUGUUUACAGGAAGAACAACUGGUCGUUAAAGCUUCAAACAGAUGUAAAACCACAGUAUCUACCUCAUGUCCAAAAAACAGACCUGCGUUGGAUAGCAAAGCUACAAAGACAUUAGACGGACUAUUUGGUUCCAAAACCAAAUCAAAGACGCUACGGCAGAAAGUUUCCAAAAAGUCCUCGGCGGGUAAAGGACACCUUGACUCAUUACCAAUAUUAAAAAGCCGACCCGCAAGGCUUCCUAAACCGAUUACGAGCCAUAAAGGUUCAGCUGCUGCAAAGAAAUCUCAUGUCUCCAAACGGAAAAAGAAGAAACACAAAGUUGGGCACACUCCAUUUUUCUCACCCCAGGAACCAGAAAUCAAACUGAAAUGCCUAAACUACAAAGGUGAAAGAAAAGAUGUGAGGGAUGAGACCUUUGCCCCGUACGUGCGUGUGGAUCCCAAAGCCAACCUGACCUGUACGGUUGUGAACUACCCCGAAGAAAGCUUUAGACUCAAGCAGGGAAAACACCAGAUCACCACUGGCUCGAUGUCUGGCGUGGUUCCCACAUCGCCUUUUUUGCAGUACGGACGAGUCUCCUUGAACGGCACGCGUCGAGAUGCCCUAGUGUGCUGCAUCUGCGGCGGCUCCGCCAAUGCUAUGGAUCUUGGUGACCUGCAUGGGCCGUAUUACCCAGAAGGGUUUAAAUCUGCCUCAAAAACUCUUACUAAUCCGCAGGAGGACCACAGUGACUCGGAUUCCUCUUUUUGUCCUAAAACAGGGAAUUGGGUCGCUUCUGAUCGAAGCAGUUGGACUUGUAAAUCUUCUCUGAUGGCCUGUCAGAGAUGGAGCAGUGAUAGUGAACUGUCUAGUAGUCCUACAGCAAAGCGAUCCAGGAUGGAUGCUGUCACCGAUUGGUACAGUCCUCCCGUGCUUCCUCUCCACAGUAGCGAGUAUUGGCUUCAUGCAGACUGUGGCAUAUGGUCAGCAGGUGUCUUUCUGGUGAAAGGAAAACUGUUUGGGCUUGAAAAUGCUGUCAAGUUGGCAAAGGAGUCGAUUUGUUCAACCUGUCAAAAUAAGGGGGCUACAUUGGGUUGUGUUUUUAAAGGAUGCCCCAACAGGUAUCACUACAGAUGUGCAAGGCAGUCAGGUUGUGUAUUAAACGAAGAAAAUUUCUCAAUGAAAUGCAGAAAGCACAAGAAUAAGUCCAUCAAAGGUUCAUCACAUCAUCCACUCACCAGGUGACACAGGAGAAAGAGGAUACUAUGCAAGAGUAAGGUUGACCUCUUCAACUCCCCUGGUGUCUUCCUGUGACCAGUCAUCAGACCUUCAGAAUCUCUCUCCCUGUUGACAGAAAAGCCUCUUUAAAAUGCCAACACCCAUAUACCUUAAUAAUAUUUCUAUUGCACUGCUCGUAACAUCUGUCACAUAAAUGGCACUUUGUUAGACUCACACGAUUGAUGUUGUUGUAUUGCGAGGUCAGGAGUUUGGUAAAGUGAGAAGUAUUGCACAUUUAGGGUCUCAGAGCAGAAGAAGAAAAAUCCUCCAAACCUGAACCGCAGCACAAAGUCAUUGUCCUAGUUUUAUUUGGUAGUGUAGUUUGUUUAUUUAUAUCUUGGGAGCAAGAUUUAGCAUAAUAUGUUGCAAAUGAUAUUGUUCAUGGUUAAUUUAAGUUAUUCUACAAAUCCUACAAAUUUAAUUUUAUUAUGCAGUAUAUUAAAGUCCCUGGUCUCAUAAUAGCGUCAAAACAACAGAAACAGCACUUGAUAUUUAUUGAAUAGUGAUUGAAGAAGCUGAAGUGAAGGACAGAAAUGACAGAAUGACAGAUUUUUUUCUUAUAAAUUACAAAACCAGUGUGUAUUGGUACAUCACAGCACUUUUAGAGGGCACUUUUUCUUCCUCCGGUUUUUGUCUUUCCCCAAAAAUCUCUAGUUUUCCUGUUAGACGUCCCUGCUUAUGUAUCGCAUAACUGCAAUUACACACCACUAUCAAGUGUUAUCAUGAUGUAGGGAAAGGUUCAUUAACAUCAAUUGUAUAAAAACAUGCAAGCAUCUAGUUACAUAGGAAGAACUAAAAUUUAGUGUUCUAGUUAUGUAAUAUUUAAUGAAUUUUGAUGUGAAUUACAAUACAUAUAACUUCAUUUUCACCACACAGUGGUGGUAUUUUUAUUGUCGGCUCUAUGCACUUAAAUUCAGUCUCUUUUUAAUCCAAAUGUUCAGUAAUAUAAAUGGCAAGCUCAGAUUAGGUAAUAAAAGCCAACUGUCUUUUUUUGGUUUUAUAUUUUACAGUAAUAGGAUAUCAGUUUAAGAUAAGUUGCAUUUGUGAUCAGUUUUAAGCGAGGAUCGGAUGUGAUUAAUUUGAAGACAUUCAAUUUUAGCACUUUUGUAUGAUCACUAUUCUCCUGUUAAUCCUAAGGAAGUAUCUAUUAUAAUUUAUUGUAGAUCUUUUAAGUUUAGAAAACCUUAAAAUUAAGUUGCCUUCAACAAAACGUUUCUGUGAUCCAAAUUUUACAAAAUGAUAAAUCUAUAUGUUCUUCUUUUGUUGUUACUGCCUUGCUAAGACAAAUCAUUAUAACGCUUUGUUUCAAUUGAUGGAUGACAUAAUAAUCCCAAGAUUUAUUUUGUAAAUGCUUUAUAUGUGUAGAGACUUUAAACAUAGAUCAUUUGGUUAAAAGUUUAAGACUGAUUGGAAAUCAGUGCCAUUUAUAACCUGAUUUACUUCGGUUGCUGGUGUGUGUGGGACGGUCAGAUCGUAAUGUAUGUCAUGUAGUGUACCUUUGUGUGUGCCUUGUGAUACUUUGUUCAUGAUUGUACCCGUUCAAAUUUUGUGCAAAUGUCAUUUAUUUUCUGUCUAACGUGAAUGGUCACAUAUUAGCGUCAAUGAAGUACCAAAAAGUUGUUUGGUUUUGUUUCGAACAAAUGUCAUGUACUUCAAAAGUUAAUCUCAGGGCUGAGCAGGGUUUGUGUUGCAUUGUGGUUGUUGACAUUGUCACCCCAAAAUUGAUUUAACUGACUAAACCCAUCUGGUCAGUGUAAUAAAUUGGCUUCUUUUA